AAUGUGAAGAAGGGGCCAUGGUCACUUGAAGAAGAUGCUAAGCUGAAGGGCCAUGGGCACAUUGGGAAAUGUGGCACUAGUGGCAACCGGAUUGCUCUCCCUCAGAAAGCUGAGUUGAAGAGAUGUGGGAAGAGAUGCAGGCUGAGAUGGCUAAACUCUCUGAGACCAAACAUCAAACAUGGUGAAUUCUCUGAUGAGGAAAACAAGAUCAUUUGCACUCUCUUUGCCACCAUUGACGGCAGGUAUGUAUAG